AUGGCCCUUACACAGAAGAUCGAGACGCCCAGCGUCACCUACGAGCAGCCACUCGGACUGUUCAUCAACAACGAGUACGUCAAGGGUAUCGAGGGAAAGACCUUCGAGACCAUCAACCCUCACAAUGAAAAGGUCAUCUGCGCCGUCCAUGAAGCUACCGAGAAGGACGUCGACGCUGCCGUCGCCGCUGCUCGUGCCGCCGUCGACGGCCCCUGGAGAAAGGUUGCUCCAAGCGACAGGGGACGCAUGCUGACCAAGCUUGCCGACCUGCUCGAGCGUGACAUCGAGGUCAUUGCCGCAAUCGAGGCCCUCGACAACGGCAAGGCCCUGUCCAUGGCCAAGGCGGACGUCACCAACGCUGCCGGAUGUCUGAGAUACUACGGUGGAUGGGCCGACAAGGUCCAGGGCAAAGUCAUCGACACCGACCACGAGACCUUCACAUACACCCGCCACGAGCCCGUCGGCGUGUGCGGACAGAUCAUCCCAUGGAACUUCCCCUUGCUCAUGUUCGCCUGGAAGAUCGGCCCGGCCCUGGCCACCGGUAACUCCAUCGUCAUGAAGACCGCCGAGCAGACCCCGCUCAGCGGACUGUUCGUCGGCAACCUCAUCGUCGAGGCUGGUUUCCCUCCAGGUGUCGUCAACGUCAUCUCUGGCAUUGGCCGUGUUGCCGGUGCCGCCAUCUCGAGCCACAUGGACAUCGACAAGGUCGCCUUCACCGGCUCCACCGUCGUCGGCCGCCAGAUCCUCCAGGCGGCUGCCAAGUCAAACUUGAAGAAGGUCACUCUCGAGCUCGGCGGAAAGAGCCCCAACAUCGUCUUCAACGACGCUGACAUCGACAAUGCCAUCAGCUGGGUCAACUUCGGCAUCUACUACAACCACGGCCAGUGCUGCUGUGCCGGAUCCCGUAUCCUCGUCCAGGAGGGCAUCUAUGACAAGUUCCUCGCCCGCUUCAAGGAGCGUGCCAACCAGAACAAGGUCGGAGACCCAUUCCACCCAGAGACCUUCCAGGGUCCCCAGAUCUCCAAGCUCCAGUUCGACCGUAUCAUGACCUAUAUCGAAGAGGGUAAGAAGGAGGGUGCCAAGGUCGAGGUCGGAGGUGAACGUCACGGAACCGAGGGCUAUUACAUCCAGCCCACCAUCUUCAGCGAGUGCAAGGACGACAUGAAGAUCGUCAAGGAGGAGAUCUUCGGCCCAGUCUGCACCAUGCAGAAGUUCACCACCGAGGAGGACGCCAUCAGAAUCGCCAACAACUCUUCCUACGGCCUCGCCUCUGCCGUCCACACCAAGGACCUCAACACCUCCAUCCGUGUUGCCAACGCUCUCAAGGCUGGAACCGUCUGGGUUAACUGCUACAACCUCAUCUCCUUCCAGUCUCCCUUCGGUGGAUUCAAGGAGAGCGGUAUCGGCCGUGAAUUGGGAGAAUACGCUCUCGACAACUACACCCAGAUCAAGACCGUGCGUAUCCGCCUUGGCGACGCCAUGUUCGGUUAA